GCCUUGGUUUUGAUGGCAAAAUAAUUCAUUCAGUGUCAAGUCUACUCCUAUAUCUCGUCUGUGGUACUACCACGUGCAUUUCUGCGACGUUUACAAACGUAACCUGAAAGUCAUAACAAAUAUUAAUCAUGGAAGAAAGUCGAAAAGUACAUGUUGUGCUUGACGAAUAUGGCAUACCUAACGCAUCUGACUAUACAAAUUAUAUACCACAAAAAGACUGGAAUUUACAAAAUUACAAAAAGGAAUUUAAAUUACAGGUCAUUAGGGAAUCUGAAGAUGGACGCGAGUUAGAAUUUGAUUUAAUUGGUUAUCCAGUUGGUUUUGCUAAUGCAUUUCGCAGAGUUCUUUUAAGUGAAGUACCAACUAUGGCUAUAGAAAAAGUUUAUAUUGUAAAUAACACCAGUUUAAUUCAAGACGAAGUCCUUGCUCAUAGAUUAGGUCUUAUACCACUUCGAGCGGAUCCUAGAUUAUUCGAAUAUCCUUCUUCUACCACUAAAGAUGAAGAUGAAGUUAGUGAUCAAGACACAUUGAGAUACGAACUUAAAAUUGCAUGUACUUGGAACUCUCAAGUUCCAAAAGAUGCCAGGAGAACAACAGAUAUCUACAAAAAUAGUAACGUUUAUAGUAAAGAGAUUAAAUGGGUCCCAAUCGGACGUCAAGCAGAACUUUAUCCUCAAGGAGCAGAGCAAUUAGGUGUUUUAGAGAACGACAUUUUAGUAUGCAAAAUGCGACCUGGUCAAGAAAUCCAUGCCUUUAUGCACGCGGUGAAAGGAAUUGGGAAAGAUCAUGCUAAAUUUUCACCUGUAGCUACAGCAUCAUAUAGAUUACUGCCAGAGAUACGAAUAAUAAAGCCAGUUAGGGGAGAAAUGGCAGAUCGUUUAAAAAAUUGCUUUAGUGUUGGUGUUAUUGAAGUAAUUGAACAUAAGCCAGGUGAUCCAGAUUCGCGGGAAGCUCGAGUAAAAAACGCCCGUUACGAUAGUUGUUCUAGGAAUGUAUUUCAACAUGAUGACCUUAAAUCGUGUGUACGCUUAAGUAGAGUACGAAAUCAUGUGAUUUUUACUAUCGAAUCUGUGGGAACUUUACCACCAGCUGUAUUAUUCACAGAAGGUAUAAAAAUUCUUAAGGGAAAAUGUAAAACAUUUUUGGAAGAACUUGAAAAUAUUAGUCAAUAAAUAUGUGUUAUUUUGCAAA